AUGCAAAAGGACGAAAACACAUUUCUGAAUGUUUGGGAAUCGUUCUUGACCCCUAGGCUCCUUUUUUCUUAUCGUAACACCACUAAAAACCAAAUUGCUUUGAUAGUUUAUCAACCCAACCUUGUUUCUAGACAAUUUGGUCUAAUCCAAAUCAAACCUCAACCUAUAUUCCCCCAAAAGGGGUCCAUCAUCUUUUAUAACUCCCUUCACACUGAAGACGAAGGCAAAGAGCUGUCGAAGAAACUAGCUGAUGCUUCUCUCGACAUUCGACCAGUUAUUUUUCGACCAUCAUUCUUAUGCACUCCUGAGUUUGAUGAAUGGUGGAAGGAUUAUUAUUCCAACAAAUUUUUUGACGUAGCUGCUUUUGCUACACAUUUGACAAAUGCUUUCGCUUUUGUGCAGGAUCGGACCAAAAAAGCCGUGAAGAUCCCUGCUAAGAAAGCUGCUGUCGAAGCGUCGCCCAGUACUGCUAAGAAGCCUUCGACAAAGGUAAGUCGAAAACCCUCAACAAUCCAAAAGAAGAAGAGUGAAGAGGAGAGAAAAGAGGAUAAAGUCCCUAGUGAAGAGUCUGGUGAUGAAUCUCCAGAGUUAAUCCCUCCCCCUCAGAAGAAAAAGAAACUCACGAAGGUCUCUUCCCAAAGGUCCAUUGUUAACCCAAUCAGGAAGGAUUCUGCCAGUACUUCUCCUGCCAAGCCUCAGUCGAAAGAUAUGGGGAGUGGGAAAUCCGGUUUUAAUACUGAAAUUCCUGAGGAACAAGUGGCUGUCGAAAAAACGCCUGAGAAAAUUUUGGAGGAAACAGCCCCAGAGGAAGAUGUCCCCACAAGUGACCAUGAUAUGCAAACCGUAGAAGAAUUCGACACUACAGUGGGUGACGCCUCUGAAGAUGAAUCUCCUCCUCAUCCAGGAUUGCAUGUUGCACCUCAGGGUGAUGAUAUUGAAAUGGAGGUUGUAGUCGAAGAUGAUCCUGAAGAUGGAGCUGCCAGAGAUGGGGACAACCAGUCGAAACGAACAGAGGUUGAGCGUAUUUCGACGCGAAACACUCCACCUGCUUCUGACCGGGCCCAAGGGAGUGGCAAAUCAACUGGUUCGACCAGUUUCUCUCGCGAGGAGCUUGAAAAUCUCAAAGUGCAAAGACCUUUGGAGUAUCUGAAAGCCAUGCUUAGCACCCGUUUUAAUUUUCAGGAUUCUUCGCAGAGUAGUUCGACCACUUCUGGGGCAACUUCUGAAGCACCAUCACUUGGCAGCCUCCUGACCAAGAUCAAAACGAAAAUCCUUGAUGUCGAUUUGUUUAAAGUCUUGGAAGAGAAUUCCCUUGCUCAAAUUGGUCUUAAGAAAAUCUUGAAGCAAGUGAAUGUUUUGGAAACUUCUGCUGAGAUUGGAAGUUUCGUGAUGGAGUUGAUGACUCUCAUUGACUUGGCCACUGCAGAUCUCCAUCGUCAAAGGGAUCUUACCGCUCAAAUCUCCUCCAAGUCUGAAACUCAAACUGCUGAAUGGGAUGCCGUUUCGACUUCGACUGACAAAGUUUCAAAAUUGCAAAAGCUCUCUGAAACGUAUGUUGAAGAAGUUGCUGCUUGCAAUGACAAUAUUCAAAAAUGGAAAACACAGAUAGCAGCACUUCAAGAAAAGAUCUCUCAAGAGGAGAAACGUAAGGCAUCCAUUCAGCAACCCAAGCAGAGCGAGAUUGACGAAGAAUUGAGGGUGGGUAUUCGACAUGCAGAGAAAGCCCAUCAACUUAGUCAGGAGAUUGAGACUCUCUCUACUCACAAAAGUCUUUGUGAUCAUCGACUCCAACUCCAGAGGCAGAAGUUCGCCACUUUGAAGGAAACUUUUGCCAAUUUUAAUUUUUAGUCGAAUUUAUUUAGCAACUCUCAGCCCUUUGAGGCUUUCUUUGUAAUAACUUUUGAAUGCCAUUUUUAUUUGGCCCA